ACACAAUUAUUAUUAUUUUUUUGUUAAUCUUUCCUCUUUGUUGUUCCUCAAGUUUUCCUAGUCCUUUUAAUUUUCUUUUCCUAAUCCAGGAGGGGCUGGAGAUGGAAAAGAAUCCUAGAGGACCUCCCCUGCAGCAAAUUCAUGUAUUUUCGUCUUCUUUUUCAUCGUCGUCUUCAAUGGCCAUCCUCGCGGUUCUUUUCUAUGUUUUUAUUCUUGUCCCUUCUGCAUUAGCAGCUGUUGGUGGUGCUCCUGCAAAGUCUUCUUCUGAUUCUUUUACUCCGCCUGAUAAUUAUCUUCUUGAUUGUGGUUCUUCAGAACAAACGACUCUUGAUGAUAAAAGGGUCUUUUUAUCUGAUCAAAGCUCACGUGAAUAUUUAAAUUAUGAUGGAAAAGAUUUGCAAGUUUCUGUAGACAAGGCAGAUGUGCCUCUUCCAAUAUAUUUAAGUGCCAAAGUUUUUUCUUCAGAAGCAACUUAUACAUUUCGAAUGAGUAAAGCUGGUUGGCAUUGGAUUCGUCUACAUUUAUUUCCGAUUUCUAGCAAUGAUGCUAAUCUGCAACAAUCUAAAUUCACUGUCGUUUCUGAUUCAUUAGUCCUCCUCCAUGAGUUUAGUCCUGGAAGUGGAUCCGAAUGGGUUAUGAAGGAAUAUCUUGUUAAUGUCACGAAUCAGCAAUUGUCUAUUAAAUUUACUCCUGUAAAGGAUUCAAUUGCGUUUAUUAAUGGUAUUGAGGUGGUUUCUGCUCCUGAUAUGUUGAUCAGUGAUGUUGGCAAUACAUUGGUCCCAGUUGCACAAACAUCUGGCUUGACUCAGAAUUCUUUCCAAACGUUGUAUCGUCUCAAUGUAGGCGGUCCAAAGGUUGAGCCUCAGAGUGACACACUUGGACGAACAUGGGAAGAAGAUAGGCAAUACCUUAAACCUGAGAAUGCAGGUAAAAAUGUGACUGUCGAGCCAAAGGUCAUUCAAUAUCCUAAUGGGAAUUCUCCACUAAUCGCUCCUCCAUCAGUUUAUGCAUCAGCUAUGGAGAUGGGUGAUGCAAACACUGUAGGUCCAAAUUUUAAUGUCACUUGGUCAUUAGACAUUGAUACAUCAUAUUCAUAUUUAGUUCGUCUUCAUUUUGCUGACAUAGUGAGCAAAUCCCUCAAUGACUUGUAUUUUAAUGUGUAUGUUGGUGGGAAAAAAGCAAUCUCUGGGCUGGACUUGUCAACUGUGGCAGGUGAUUUGGCAUCAGCUUACUAUAAAGACUUCAUAGUUAAUUCUUCCAUGGGUGUAAAUAGUCCUCUCAAAGUUCAGAUUAGUCCAAUGGCCGAAGCUGCUGGUACAAAGAACGCGCUUCUUAAUGGUAUAGAGGUACUAAAGAUUAACAAUUCGGUGAAUAGUUUGGAUGGUGAAUUUGGUGCUGAUGGCAAGAGCGCGAGUGGUCCAAGUCGUGGAUCAGUGGCUGCAGUUGGGUUUGCAAUGAUGUUUGGAGCAUUUGUGGGUUUGGGCGCCAUGGCAGUAAAAUGGCAGAAGAGACCUCAAGAUUGGCAGAAGAGUAAAAGCUUCUCUUCAUGGUUGCUUCCUCUUCAUGCUGGAGAUUCAAGCUUCAUGUCAAGCAAGAAUUCUUCUCUGGGGUCUCGAAAGAGUGCAUUUUAUUCAUCAACAAUGGGAUUAGGCCGGUACUUUUCCUUUGCAGAGUUGCAAGAAGCAAGCAAAAACUGGGAUUCCAAUGCUAUAAUUGGUGUUGGAGGAUUCGGGAACGUGUACCUUGGAGAGAUUGAUAACGGAACUAAAGUUGCCAUAAAACGUGGCAAUCCACAAUCUGAACAAGGUAUCAAUGAAUUCCAAACAGAAAUCCAGAUGCUUUCCAAGCUUCGUCAUCGCCACUUGGUGUCACUCAUUGGAUACUGUGAUGAAAACUCUGAGAUGAUAUUGGUGUAUGAGUACAUGUCAAAUGGACCUUUAAGAGACCAUUUAUAUGGCAAGGACCUUCCCUUUCUCCCUUGGAAACAAAGGCUUGAGAUAUGCAUUGGCGCAGCACGUGGACUUCAUUAUCUUCACACAGGUUCAGCUCAAGGCAUCAUACAUCGCGAUGUUAAAACCACUAACAUUUUGCUAGAUGAUAACUUUGUUGCCAAAAUGGCUGAUUUUGGGCUCUCAAAAGAUGGCUCAACUGUUGAGGGGCAAGCUUAUGUGAGCACUGCAGUCAAAGGCAGUUUCGGUUACUUAGACCCUGAGUACUUCAGAAAACAACAACUAACUGAUAAAUCUGAUGUCUACUCAUUUGGAGUUGUUCUUCUAGAAGUACUCUGUGCCCGCCCUGCCAUUAAUCCAGCAUUGCCAAGAGAACAAGUGAACUUGGCAGAAUGGGCAAUACAGUGGAAGCGAAAAGACCUGCUCGACAAAAUCAUGGACCCUACCCUUGUUGGAAACAUUAACCCUGAGUCCAUGAAAAAGUUUGCAGAGGCUGCUGAGAAGUGUUUGGCAGAAUAUGGUGUCGAUAGACCAACAAUGGGAGACGUUUUGUGGAAUCUUGAACAUGCACUGCAGCUUCAAGAGGCCUCUUUAAAAGGAAAAAGUGAAGAGGAAAACAAUGCAGCAGCAACUGCAGCUUCUCCUACCACCGUUACCCCGGGUUCUACUACUGAUACUAGCUCAGAUGACAGGCCUGGUUCGUCGUCAGCACAAUCUAAGAACCAAGCUGAAGUUCAAGUCAUUGACGAGCAUUCAGGAAGUGCAAUGUUUAAGCAGUUUGCUGAACUUAAUGGUAGGUAAAAUCCCAAAAUUUACCUAAUGCUGAUCGCACAAUUAUUAAGUUGGUAAAGGAAAUCACAGCACUAACCAUGUAAGGGGUUGGUUCUGGUGGGAGAUUGCUCAAAACAAACUCAGUUGAUGCUUUAACUUGUAUUGUUCAUUGGUGUAACUGGUCAUCACUUGUCAUUUCUAUAAAUAUAGUUCUAACAUUCAUACUUGUAAUGUUUUAAACAAAAAAUUAGCAUACUCAAAUAUUUCUCUCU